AUGGGUGCAGAGGAGGCAAUCUUCACGUUGGCCAAUAUUUCCGCCUUGUGCCACCUCAAAGUGCCAUCCUCGAGUGCCACCUCAAAGUGCCAUCCUCAAGUACCACCUCAGAGUGCCAUCUCAAAGUGCCGUCCUCAAGUACCACUUAUGAGUGCCAUCCUCGAGUGCCACCUCAAAGUGCCAUCCUCAAGUACCACCUCAAAGUGCCAUUCUCGAAUGCCACCUCAAAGUGCCAUCCUCAAAUACCACCUCAGAGUGACAUCCUCAACUGCCAUCCUCAAAUACCACCUCAGAGUGCCAUCCUCAAGUGCUACCUCAAAGUGCCACCUUAAAGUGCCAUCCUCAAGUGCCACUUCAAAGUGCCAUCCUCAAGUACCCCCUCAAAGUGCCAUCCUCGAGUGCCAUCCUCAAGUACCACUUCAGAGUGCCAUCCUCGAGUGCCACCUCAAAGUGCCAUUCUCAAGUACCACCUCAAAGUGCCAUUCUCGAAUGCCACCUAAGAGUGCCAUCCUCAAGUACCACCUCAGAGUACCAUCCUUAACUGCCAUCCUCAAGUACCAUCUCAGAGUGCCAUCCUCAAGUGCCACCUUAAAGUGCCAUCCUCAAGUGCCACCUCAAAGUGCCAUCCUCAAGUACCCCCUCAAAGUACCAUCCUCGAGUGCCACCUCAAAGUGCCAUCCUCAAAUACCACCUCAGAGUGCCAUCCUCGAGUGCCACCUUAAAGUGCCAUUCUCAAGUACCACCUCAGAGCGCCAUCCUCAAGUUCCAUCCUCAAGUACCACAUCUGAGUGCCAUCCUAAAGUGCCAUCCUCAAGUGCCACCUCAAAGUGCCAUCCUCAAGUGCCACCUCAAAGUGUCAUCCUCGAGUGCCAUCCUCAAGUGCCACCUCAAAGUGCCAUCCUCGAGUACCACCUCAAAGUGCCAUCCUCAAGUGCCACAUCAAAGUGCCAUCCUCAAGUACCACCUCAGAGUGACAUCUUUGGGUGUCAACCAUGA